AUGAAUACAGUAUUUAGCUCUCCUGGUAAGGCCCUUUUGGCGGGAGGUUACCUCGUACUUGAUCCUGAUUAUGAGGCCUUUGUUGUAGCUCUUUCGGCCAGAAUGCACGCUGCUGUGACUUCUUUGAAGACGUUAGGUGAGGAUGACAUAACAAAAAUCACAGUGAACUCUCCUCAGUUCAAACAAGGAGUUUGGGCUUAUAGCCUUGAUAUUACUAGGCUUCCUGAUUUGAACAUUACCGAAGAGAAUGGACGGAAAAACCCCUUUGUCAAAUCCACCAUUUUGACGGUACUUUCCUAUUUGAAACCCUCCACCAACUAUGAGAUCUCCAUCACAAUCUUUUCUGAUUCAGGUUACCAUACCCAGGCCGAUUCUAUUCCUAAGGCUUCCACGAACGGUAAAAGAACUUUUCAUUAUCAUAAUAUUCCCAUUAAUCAGGUUCCAAAGACCGGCCUAGGUUCAAGUGCCGGUCUAGUUACGUCUUUAACUGCGGCACUUUUGGUCUGUUACAAGGGACCCGAUUUCUUUAAGAAAAGUGCGAGUGAAAAUGCAAAGACUUUGAAUUGUCUGCAUAAUCUUUCUCAGGUGGCUCACUCGAUUGCUCAGGGGAAAGUCGGCUCUGGCUUUGACGUGGCAUCCGCUGUUUAUGGCUCUAUUGUCUACAGAAGAUUCCAACCGGACUUGAUCAAUAAGUUGCUGGAUCUAGAAAUGUCUCAAUUCGCCAAGGGAUUGCAGAAAUUGAUUGAUAACACCGACUGGAAGAUCGAGCACAAGCAAUGCUGUAUGGUUCCAGGCAUUCAUAUUAUAAUGGGGGAUGUUGCUGGAGGUUCAGAGACCCCCAAAUUAGUAUCCAAAGUGAUGAAAUGGAGAAAGGAGAAUACACAGAGAGCUUUGGCAGUAUGGACGGAACUUAACGAUUCGAACAUGAGACUCGUUAAGUCGUUGGAAGACUUACAGACUGCUUCUGAAACUGAUAAAGUCGGCUAUGCUAAACUUUUGGCUUACUUGAACACUCAUUCCGCUUCAGAAAUUGAUGCUGAAGGUUCAGAAAAGCUCUUGGUAGAUGUAGUUGAGUCUGUCAAAAAUAUCCGUAAGUGGCUGAAAGUUAUGACGGUUGAAUCGGGAGCAGAGAUUGAGCCUGACGAACAAACCAAGCUAUUGAAUAGCUGCCUAGAACUGAAUGGCUGUUUGGGCGGUGUUGUUCCUGGGGCAGGUGGUUACGAUGCGAUCUGCUUAAUGGUUGCAGAGGAUUCGAUUGUUAAGAUAAUGCAGUCCACCAAGAACGACCCUAACUUUAAGCAUGUCAAAUGGCUACGCUUGGCUGAGCAGAAGCAAGGAUUGAUGAGGGAGGACCCAGAAGAUUUUAAGAACUCGGAUACUCCAGUUACUGCUAGCCAUCAAUACUUUGAUACGCAGAAAAAACAGCCGGAGAAUAGUUUGCUAACAAAAUAUAGAUCGCUUCUCAUUACACCACUUAGCAAUACCAAGCAAAAGAUCAUUGACGCUGCAUCGGACAAUUUUUCCAUCAAAUCGUUCAGAAGUAGGAAGAGCAUCAACAGAGUUUCCAUUUUGGAUUUACCGGACGAGGUCAUCCUUCAGGUGUUUCAAAAUCUUAGACAGGAUGCCCAUCAGAUUACUUCUCUGGUGUGUCUUUUGUAUGUGAGCAAAAAGUUCAAUGAGCUGGCUAAGCGUAUUUUGUAUGAAGACCCCUACAUUACAACAACCUUCCGCUUAUCCCAGUUUGUGCAGACAAUCAAUAUCAACAAACAGCUUGCCUUACUCGUCAGGAAGAUUGACUUCUCUCGGAUUCAAAUUGGCAUUGAGUUGAAAGAAGACGAAUGGGAUCAAUUCGCUACCAAUAUUGUAUUUGGCAGUUGUGGUGGUCAGUAUGACGAUUUACUUAUGGCCAAUGGUGAACGCCGAAUUCUUGCUGGAUGGAGGGACUUUAAAUACAGAUUCAAUCCACUAUAUAGUGGGGUUGGCAAUACUCUUCCAUCGUCUACAUCGUUUGUUCCUCCUCACGUAAUCCCAGAUGAAUUUUCCAGGAAUCCUAUUUAUUCCCCUUCAAUGAACCACCAUGGUUGCAAUCCUAAAUCCCUGUGGUCAACGACCUCCUUGCUUUCAUCACAAUCUUCUCGGCAGGGCUCUUCGUGUGACUCUGUUAACUCGCUUUUUUCUAUGUAUAACUAUCAGGAUUCUGAAGGAUUUGGUACUAUUGGUGGUGGCCACCGCCAUUCUUUCCCUGCAAGACAUAGCAGUAUGAUUACAAAUACUACUGUUAACGAGGAUACUGACGACGAUUCGUUUGACGAAGAAGGCUACGAGGACGGCGAAAAUGGGGUUGAUGAUGACUUCAAGCUCAAUCCUUCCUCACACAAGACAGGACCGAUAGAAUAUUUUUACCCGAACUCUUAUGGGAUUAUCGCCCAGCCGGGGUUUUUUAAUUCGAUGAAAACAGUAUGGAAUGCAGCUAUGAUUCGGAUUUCAGAUUCCUGUCGUAGUGAUACAAAACCUAUCAAUCAUCAUCAUUAUAGAAAGAGACGGCAUUGGAAUAAGGCUAAACAGUCUGGUAUAAGACAGCGACUUUUCCAGAGUCGGAAAGACAUAUCAAGACCGUUUUCGACCCUACAUCCUCAACAGAACGAGUUUUUCAAACAGUACUGUUUUGCAAGAGAUAUUCCAAUCGGUUACAUCUUACAUAUUAUGGAAGAAUGUGAGAAUUUGACUGAAAUCAAUUUGAGUGGAAUUUCUUGGAGUGUAGAUUUCAAAUUGGACGAUUACGAAUAUUUUGAUUGGGAAGUUUCCAGGGGUAAAGUUCGAUGCUUGAGAGGUACCGUUCCUUCCAAUCAUGAGUAUAGAUCGAUGCUUUUAGUGGUGGAUCAAGCAGAAGUUAAAAGGAAAGAGCAACAACUAGCCAAAUAUAAGAUGAACAAGCCAAUAUAUUGGUCCGAUACCGUUCGAGAGAUUGAUUUCCGGGAUCCAGAAUUGCAUAGCUUGACGAUCAAUUCUAUUUGGCCGUACAUCAUGAAACUUGAGCAUCUACAAAUAUUGAGGCUACGCAGCUCUGUCUGGAUUGAUAAGCAUACAGUCCGUGAUAUUUUGGUGCAAAGUAAGUCGAGAAAAAUUCUGAAAAUUAUUGACUGCACCAAUUCGGGAUUGGCAAGGAAUUCGGACUGGGCCACGUCUAGAACUGCCAAGGAGUGGAGACAGUUCUUUAGAAAGGACAAUACAUUUUAA